AUGGAUUCAUUAUCCCAUCGACAGCAUCGUAGUACCAAUAGUGUUGUAAGCGCGGUCGAAGAAGAGGCUGGUGUGCUGAAAUCUGGUCUUGUCACUGCUGGAUUUACACCAAUUAAGUCAAAGAAAACUUAUUACGCGGUAUUACUGGAACGUGCGCUCGAAUUGCAUGAAAGUGAAAAAUCGCAGAAGAAAAGACGUCAUGCAAAAUACCUUAUCGAUCUAUCAAUUUGUUUCAAUAUUAAUCGUCAUUUCGAUAGUCGAUUAAAGUAUUGUGUCUCUGUGAUGACCCCGGAUGAAACACUCUUAUUGAGAGGAGAAACCGAAAAAAUAUCUGAAGAAUGGUACGAUGUGCUAAUGUCGGCCGUUAUUCCAGCCAGAGCUCUGCGACUCGGACGACCAGUUCAAGCGUCCGAAUUUUUCGAAUGUGUAUGGGAUGUGGUAUUAGUUGACAAUCCGAAAUUGAAGAAACCCGUACCAAAUCCAGAAAAAAUGCCGAAUAUUUGUCAAAAAGAGCCAUCUUUAUGUGGUCCUCAACGUUUAUGUUUCUAUCCGCAUACAAUAAUUCUUUGUAAACGAAGCAUCGAACCUGCAUCAAUCCAACACUUACCAGCCUCUGGUAUACCGCCCUUUCGCGAUACGGAUUUUGUUGAAUUUCCACGUAAAUUUGUUGCGAGUUUUGGCUGUCAGGAGAAAUUCUUCAUCAUGCGAAUGGGUCGUUCAUCACCGUCCGGUUCAGCCGAAGUGUGGGCACAGUGUGAGAGUGAAGAGAUUGCCGGUGAUAUACACAUCAAACUGAAUAAAAUUAUCGAACGAGAAAGUGAAAAAAAGAAACAAAUGGUUAAUGGACCAAUGCUUCGAGCAAGUCAGAGCGCAAAUACCCAUUCGCAUCACGAGCGUAUUCACGCCAUUGCAAGUCGUCAUCGUAUCGGAAGUCAGUCGACGAAUCCGAAUCAUACGGGAAGUGAACUGACGCUACGGGAAAGACGUGCUCAGUUAAGAGAUAGUAAAGCUGCACUGGAAUCGUUUGAAGAAAUGAUGGACACCCCGUUAACACCGCUGUUUGUUUUUGAUGCAUCCACACAACGAUGUGGUCGUUAUUCAUCACCGGGAUCGUUUUCGGGUAGUGCCACAAUAGAAUCGGCCCGAAGAAGAUGCAAUGCGAAUAUGAUGAAUACAAGUGGAUCAUCUUGGUCCUCAUCUGCUUGUAUGAUGCCAAUGCGAGCACAUAGUAUCACCGGCACGAGUUGUUCCACUUCAACUUCUGCACCUGCUGCUAGCUUAUUGCGCACGAUGACACCAAAGAGUGCUGGAGUGAUAGCUGAGGAAAUUCCGUUAGGAGCGUUCCGUCCCGUAAACAUGAAUAAUCAUCGUUCCUCACUAACUUCAUCUUCAGCUGCAGAAGAAACCGAAGAUAGCGGAGGAACAUUACGAAUAAUAGACACGGAUGAGCACUCAAUCUCGUCAAAAACGGCUCAUGAUCGUGAGAUAGCGGCGACGAUCGAUCGCAUGCUGCCAGAUGAUAUCAAGCAGCGGUGUUCGUUGAGUUCAAGUAAUGAACACCACCAGUUCGAAUCAUGCUCUUCAUCGGUACGUGCCACUCACUCUGAUGAUACUGACGAUCACAAUGACAAUUGCUCUUAUUCUGCCGCAUGCAGUUCGAGCACGAAUGACGAAUUCAUCUCUUCAACACCUGGUGAUACAUCUGAAGAUGCCUCAGGAGAAAAUAUGGAAUACGCACCAAUGGAGAUGCAUUCAUGGUCAUCGGGUAGCACGUCACAUUUGGCUGUACCAAUUCCAUUUGAGCAACAAUACAAUCUGGAAGAAAUACGCUCGUAUGUGUCUGAUAGUAGUGAUAGCUGCUACUCUUCACUAGCACCAAAUGCUGCGCCGAGGACAUUCUCAUUUGGAUCACAACAACCACAACGACACAUUGCGCGACGGCAGCAUCAUUUAGUUGAUGACGGUUCAUUACUUCAAGAAUCUGUUGCGUCCUCAUCAAUGCAAAAUGGUGUUUAUCAGCGUGCAAAUGAAACAAGUCAUUCAAUGCAUACGUCCUCAAGCGAAGACCCUCGAAAGCGUGCGUUUUCGUUGGGCAGCAAGUCGUGGUUUCCGAAACCAUUUCGUAAAUUUUCCCGAGAAUUGGUCUCACGUGCGCAUCGUCAUUCCAAUACAUCAGCAGGCUCACUAGGAGGUUCGUUUGGUGCAAACUCAACGACUCAUGCACACACGCUACACACCACAACAGUUACAUCCUCAGCGCAUCCUGUUCAAACACCAAUUCAGGCGUAUAUCGCUCCUGACCCAUAUCCAUCUUCAAGAGUUCGUUCGGAAAGUACCGGAUCAGGACGUUCCACCCCGUAUAUGCAUCGUUCGGGUGGUGCAAUGACCGUCGAUCAUAUACAGUUGGAUUUUGGUAGUAACAAUGCUCCGCUAGGUCGAUCUGGCAGUGGCUCAGUGCAUAGCAUCGAAAGUCCAGCAAGGUCUCGAACCUCAUCGUUCGGGUGUAGUCAACGUUUCGUGCAAUCGAUUCGAGACCCAGGUGAUAUUGUUCUGCAUACGGUAGACGUUAACGACUCUGAACAACAACCACUAACACAUGUGAUUCAUCCACAUCAUCGUUGUUCGAGGGAUGAUAAAAAUACUUUGUUGAGACAUCAGCAAUCAAUAAGCAAUGGUGAUUAUGUGGAUAGAGAUGUGGGAACAGAUGAAUACGUGUUGAGUGAUGCAGGAACGUUGCAUGAGUUAUCGCGCGAGUUGCAUUCUUGUUUGCCGAUUGCGUCGUGUUCAUCAUCGCUUUGUGAUGAUUCGCAAGUUGGCAAUCAACCUAACUUCACCGACCCUCGAAGUUCGCAAGUUUUUGAAACGAUUGAAGAGAACAUCUCGGGGCGUUCAUCACGUGCAUCGUCAGUCAGAUCCUCGAAUUUUGAUGAAGAUGAAGAUGAAGAUAAGAAAAGUUGGUCAUCACGGGCCGUAAAAGGCAGCGAGACGGAUAUUACACGAGCUGACUUCGGUGAACAUUGCACUAAACGCGAUUAUGGCUUGUCAAAUGAACCGCAAAGCCAAAAUCAGUCACAGCAAAUCGAUCGACAGCCAAACGACAAACAACAGCAGUCCUCUUCGAAUAUCUCUGACCGUUCAUUGAAUAGUCGACCCUUCAAUACCAAUGAUAUCGUACCUUCCAAUCAUAUUUCCGGUAAUAUUUCCAACCACAAGAAUGUGUCAGUGACGAAUGAAAAUGAUGUGCUAAAUAACGAUAAGCGUUAUCGUUUAAAAUGUCGUGAUGAUUCAGAUUUGAGAUACGUACUUCUUGAUCUAACGGGUGCGCAUGCUUCCAAUCGUAUUCGACGUAAACGUUCAAAAAGCAGUUCAAUAUGUAUCGGCGGUGGCAAUCUUGAGUACGCUCAACUGCAUCCACUUCCGCUCACCACACCUCUACCCAACAAAACACUUCUUUAA